CGGCGCUCGGUGGACGUGCCGCGCUCGGGGGCCGUGACGCCCAUCAUGAGCCCGAUUCACAGCCGCCGCGCCAGUCUGCUGCUACCCAAGGACGGCGAUGACAGGCCGGACUUUUCGCGGAUCGGCAAGGAGGACAAGGACAGAGAGAAGGACAAGGCGAAGGAAAAGCGGCAAAGCGACAGAGCAAAUGAUAAAGCCUCUGAGCUGCGGCAAUCCCUCGCGGAGCUCAGCAACUUCUCCGCCGAAACGACGCGACAGCUAGACCAGACGCACUAUGCCCUCCUCGAGAAAACGAGCAGCCUGCAGGUCAUGGUCAAGGCUCUCAAGGACCUUGCGCAGGCGUCGUGCGACCUCCAGAUGGGAUUCGACAUGGCUGCGCAGGAGCUCGAGACAGACGUUACGAACCAGCUACGGAACAUUGGGCAUUUCGAAUCACAACAGUCCACAAUCGAGACGCUGCAGAAUCGCAUACACCUAGGAAGGCAGACUGCCAACAAGCUGGCAGCGCGGGUGGAUGUGGUGCGCAGACAAAUCGAGGGCUGGGAGCGCGCCGACAGGGCAUGGCAGGAGAAGACGCGCAAGCGGCUGAGAAUCACCUGGGCGGCUCUGUUGUCCAUUGUCUGCCUCAUCGGUCUUCUCUUCGUGUCCUUCAGUUAC